AUGCGGCAGAAGGCGAAACUGGCUGACCUAGCACUCUCGAAAGCUGAAACGCGGCUAUCACAAAUUGCAGGUGGAGAUCACAUUGACGCCAACAAAACGAACGAAGUGGCCGUGCUGGUAUGGUGUUCUCACUGCAACCCGGUACAACGAGCUCACAUGGAGCUCAUUCAGAGGGCAGCGCAGCUGGUGGAGCGCGAAGCCCAGCUGCCAGUUGUGGCAGCCUUUUUGGUUCCCGAUGCGCAAGAAAAUCUCGAGCUCUCAUUCGGCCUUCGCGUUUCACUUUGCCAGCGAGCAUGCGAAGAGUCCGACUUGGUAGAGACGUGCUCAUGGGGUUGGGAUUGUCCGAGGACGAUCGAGCGGAUCGUCCAUCAGCUAACAGCAAAGCUGUCUUGGAGCGGAGGACUACGCUGGAAUUUCAAACCGUGGUGUCUCGUGACUCAUUUCGAGGAUGCGGUGUGCCAGGCAGAUGUGGUUUAUGUCGGCCAGGCAGUCAACGCGCCGUCCGAGGAUCCUCCAGGGACCGAACUGCAGGCCAAGAUUCGGGAAGCCCGUCGCCGCAUCUACGAAGAACGUGGAGGCAGCAAGGUCAUCGCGUCGGCACAACCAGUCUCCUUUGUGCAGCAAGAGAUGCAACUGUUACAGCUGCUGGAGCGGCACGAAUUGGAACUGGUCGCUUCUUCUGGACUCGUGUCCUGCAAAGUGCUGGAGUGCCUGCGGCAUGCACUGGAUGAAGACACAUCGCAUGCUGACGUCGGUUUGCCUGGGCCAGCGGGCGUACAAAGCGAGACCGAGAGCCCAGUUGGAGGCUGCGGGACAUGCCAUGAAAUGCUGUAUCCGUGA